AUGCAUCGUUACAAAAUGAAAGACGUCGACGAUUCACUUAACACCAGCGUUCUGUCUAAAUCUUACAGACAAGGAAUGAGAAGGUUAAAUUUGAUUUUGAGGUUACGUUUUUUAAUACCGAAUUUCAUUCGGAAGCCUAGGAAAAUAAUAAUACAUAUUGCUCGUAGACUGGCUGGUGAUUCAAACAGGGAUGAAGAUACCUUUCAAAUCUCAAGAAAGAUCAUUGAGAACCGUGAGAAGUCUUGGUCGAUACUAUUUGACAAAUUCUCAGAGAUCUCAGAUGACCUGGAAUUAAAUCUUCAGACACUAAGACCUGAUACUCUAUCGGAACAAUCAGAUAAAUCCGAAACAGAUAUCUCUGAAUUUCGUGUUCCAAUUCGCAAAUCCAUGGCUCAGCUGCAGCACUGGGUAAACACUGGCAAGGCUCCUUGCCAGUUAACCGAGGUUGAAGAAAGCUACAUAGAUGACGUAGUCUCAUCUUUACACCGAUCAAUCAGCAUUGAAUCAAGUGACUCAAAAGAAACAGUUUCAAUAAGUGAGAGUGAGUUGUCGGACCCAAAUUUGUUGGACCCUCAUUCUUCUUUUGCUAUGAACCCGCUGAAAAAAGUUAACAAUAGGCAAGACUCAUUUGAUGGAUCUUCAGACAGUUCUGUGGAUACAACCACCUAUAUAAAGAGAAAUACAAGUGUGACGAAGAAAACUGUCAACUUAUCAAACAAUGGCAGAGUCAUUCAAUCGGGUCAUUCACGUAAAUCAGAGUUAUCCUGUGAGAACUUAUUACAAUCACCUUGGUCUGGAGUGGUUUCCAAAGAUCUCUCGUAUGGAACAGUAUCUAUUGGCAAAAAUAUCGUCAGAGGGAUUGGAGAUAAAAAUGAGGAAUUGCAUUCUUUAAUCGAUAAGUCCGUUUCUAGGAAUAUGAGUAGUCCAGACAAUAACAUUAGUUGUAAUGAUGUGGAGGCUGUUGGAAAACGGUUACAAUCUACUGUGCAUGAAAAUUCAGACGUUGAAUUCCAGUCCCAAAACUCUGACAUCAGCCUGCCAACGAAAAGCACGAAGGAUCGUGACAAUCUAGAGCAAUCAAAUACAACUGCUGAUCCCUUAAAUGAUGCUAGUGUGCUUGCAGAAAAUUGUCUGCAGGGACGGAGAAAAUUGUACACUAAGGACACUUGUUUGACCGAUAUAAAGUUUUCCAAAUUUCACACCAAGUCUCGUAGGUCUCGGUCCAUUCAGAUAAAACACCCUGCACUUCUUACUCCUGUAAGCGUAAAAAGAUCUAAAUUCAAACCACGGUUAUUGACAACGCAAAGGUGCCCACGCGGCAAGAAGUCAAGAAAUUUUUCAUUGAAUUUGAAUGUGACCAAGCCUGUAUUAUCGGGAAAGAAAUCUCUGGAAGAUUCAGUGAAAUUGCCUAAAAAAGUCAAAAUUUCUGAAAUGCCAAGAGGUUGCAGUAAUCAAUGUGUUGUCGCUGAAGCUGGAAAUAUAAGAGAAAUGACCAAUGUCGAUGCUCAGCUUGAUCAAGUUGAUUCGAAAUCGACAACCUCACCAGGUGGCCAGAAAAUCGGUACUUCCAUUUCUUCUCCUCUAAUAGAUUCCAACGGUGUAUCAAGUAUUAUUGAUGAUAAGAUACUUGAGGAUCCUAAAAAUCAAGUCACAGUCAUCCCAGUAAAUAAGCUCCCGAACCAGUCCGCCCGCUUGGACAUUUCAAUGCUCGGUGACAAAGAGCUCAGCAAUGAUUGCAGAAAUUUCUUAUCAUCUGAUCAUCAAGUUUCGAUUUGCGAAUCCUUGCCCAACUCAUCAUGUACAUUGACUAGGGCGAAACUGCAGAAUAUUAUACAUGCUAAAAGAAAUUUAUGCAAAACGGAUUUACAGUCGUCUGAUAAUAAAUCGGACGCUUCUGAUAAUAGUGGCUUGAGCAUAACACCUCAGCCUAAUUUUGAAAGUCACAACACCUCUAAGACAUUGAACAGGUCGAGUAGGGCCGACUACAGCAUUAACAGUGUACAACUUUCAGCGCAGUUUCAACCAAUUGUUGUUUUGCACGAUUUCUUACACCUGAAAAGUUGCUGUGGCGAACUAGAAAGAAAAAACAACAAGCAAUGGUUGAAUAGACAGGGUGAUGCCGAAAAUUCAAACCCCAAUACUUUGGAUUCCGACCAGCUAGCACAGCAGAGAGAGAGUUCUUCUGAACAUUCGGUUAGUAAAGAAAACAUUAUUUUACAAUCACCAAAUACUUUGGAUUCCGACCAGCUAGCACAGCAGAGAGAGAGUUCUUCUGAACAUUCGGUUAGUAGAGAAAACAUUAUUUUACAAUCACCACACAUCCAAACUUCUGUAGAGAAGAUACUGAAAAUGGACGAUAAAUUAAACCCCCAGAAAAACAGAGCAGAAGUAAUUAUAACGAAAUGUAAAAUUAAAAAUGACAAUAAAAAAAAAGAGAUGACGAGUCUUUGUGAAAUUACCUCCGUUGAAAAUGCAAAGAACACCGUGCUAGGUUCAACUUCAGACACUAUCUCGCCAAUUUCUCCUCGGACAUUGAAACCUUCAUUUACUGCAGGAAUUAAUCACACACAGAAAAAAGAACCACCUAUUAAAAGGCAUACCUCAUCGGUCACAUUUGCCGACGCUAGUUGUAAUUGGGAGUCAAUAUUCGUUCCCACAUCUUCAGAUGAGGAUGACGCUGUUAUAAAACUGAACAAAACUUGGAAAAAACGAGUAUCGAGACGAAAAGAGGCGGGGAUCCAACAAACCAAUAGUGCAAGGUUGACCGCAACUAAGCAUCUGAAGGAUUCUACUUUACAACCAGCGAGCAUGCUUCAGAGCUCAAUGUCUGUUAAAAAAUCUUUUUCUAUUGUAUCGAGCUGUUCCGAAGAUGAAAAUAAUAUUAAAGAUCGAGCGGAUAUGAUCCCCAGGUCGACCAGGCUUCAAAGGAAAUAUCUCGAGAAAACCAAACGGAGAGAUAUUUUGAAAUCUAGGCUGACAAUAUGCUCGCCAAUAGAUGAGCGCAUUGAUAAAUCAGAAAGAAUGAUAGUCAAUAAUGGAAUAUUGGAAUCCCCAUCAACUGGUAUAAUCACACGUUUACGUAGAAAAAAAAGUAAAAAAUCAAUGGAAUUAUCUACGGCGUCUUUUCCAUCAGCUCAAAGUGAAGUCGAUGCAGAAACUCACAGCUACACAGAGCCACGAAUAGGAGUAAUGCAAAUUCCAAAUGACUCAGAAGUAGGUGUUUGUAGCAAACCCAACAGAACUGAGCUCUGUGAGUCAAAUCAUUCGGUAACAGAAAAUGAAGUUCUGAAAACUCCAGUUCACCGGACAUUGGAAUAUUCUCCAAAUAAAUCUGAUGAUACUUCGAGGAUUAAUCCUAGAUUGGAAGAUGCUACUUGCAGCGGGCUGAAGAUCAUUUUACCAAGAUGUAGGAGUCCAAAAAAUUUGCUCGACAAAUCAGGGACAUCUUCAGAAAGUGAACAGACGAAACCUCCGCUAAAAAUUUCUAGAGCACGCGCUAGAAUCUCUUCAACCUCUACCGAUGAAACGGAACGUAAACAAGAAGAAAAAAACGGCUUGGUAGUUAGGCGGGUACCCGACUACAAAUAUAAAAGAAAACAAAAGUUCGAAUCCAUGACUGUCCGAAAACAUAUCUCGCUCAUUGAUAAGUCUUCUGACGAUGAUGAUGCAGCAUUCCCUUCUAACUCCAAGGAUUAUACAUGCACUGUUUCUCUUGGGGAAAAUGUGUCGCGACCAAAUGAGAAGAGGAAUGUGACAGCUAUAAGCGACGCUUCUAAAUCCUUUCCGAAAAAGCAUCGGAGAAAGACGCGCACAAAUUCGACUGUUGUUUUUAGGACGAAAGAAUAUUGGGAAUCAGAUUCUGAUAAUAUGUAACUUAGAGGCUAAUGUAUUAAAUUAUUUCAACAUGUAGAUAUAAAAUGAUGUGUAAAAAUUUUGUAAAGUGGACGACGAUAAUACCAUGGAUAUGUAAUACCUUUUUAUUGUUGAGAUUUAUAUAAUUCGCGGUAGGGCAAUUAAGUCGCUACACGUUAAUUAUAGUAAAUUUCGGGUCUCAUCACCUGCAUUGUAUAGAGAACAAUUCUAAUUCACUUCGGGUAAAGUGCAUAGUAAAAUUAUCUAUAGGUAUUGUUAAUUCUAUUCAUUAAUCGUAGUCAAAGUCGCAUUAAUUUAUAAUUAUCAUAAGAAAUAAUAUCAAUUUGGUAUUAUACAGAAAUUGCUCUCUAGUGUCGGAGAUCCAAAGUGAUCAAAGUUUACGAAUAAAAUCAGUUCAAGUUGGAAA